AUGACCAAAGCAAGAAACCUCCCUAAUCUGGUUUAUAAUGGGACUGGCAUCAGACUCUUUCCGGACCUUUCACUUCGCACGCUGAAAUUGAGGGCGACCUUGAAACCACUCCUUCAUAGGCUUCAAAAUGACAAAAUCAUCUACCUCUGGGGAUACACAUUUUCGCUAACUGCAAGACAUGGCUCCACCGUUGCUGUUCUUCGCAGACCGGAAGAUCUCCCUGCCUUCCUAGAAACAUUCAAAUUGUCACAUGUCCCGCUCCCUGAUUGGUGCAGCUUAUUCCCACCAUGUAAGCAGGUGCCACCCCCAGUGUUGGAUUGCCGUAAGCAUCUGGACAUCAGAGAAGACACACAAGCGCAAGACCUAGGACUACUGAUAUGCCUGCACAUCCUUCGCAUUGAGAUCUACCGGUUUACCUCAGCUGAGGCCCCCCCGUUGUCUUAUUCUUAUAUUGUUCGACAAGUCUUAAGAAUUCCAACCAAUACUGGUAGACAGAAAGCCUUCUCCACCUGUAGCUCCCACCUCAUUGUGGUCUCCAUAUUCUACUGGACUCUGUUCAGUGUUUAUAUUGUCCCAACAAAAGGCCAAACACUGAACAUGAGAUCAUAUGAGGGCUUGUUAACUGCUCGACCAAUGGAGAACAAUCAGACUGUGAUCACAGAGUUUUUCCUCUUGGGAUUUCAAGUCAGGCAAGAUUUAAGAAUUUUCCUGUUCUGUCUUUUGUUUUUGAUUUACUGUGGGACAAUAUGUGGGAAUCUCCUGAUCAUCACCCUGGUGUCCACCAGCAAGAACCUCCACACCCCAAUGUACUUCUUCAUCUCACAACUGUCCAUCAGUGACAUCUGGGUGAGCUCAGAUAUUAUCCCCAAACUUCUCCACAUCCUACUGAAUAAUGGGGGGACCAUGACUUUUAUUGGUUGUAUAGCUCAGUUUUAUUUUUUAUGUGCCUCAGAAACAUUUGAAUGUUUCCUCCUGGCUGUGAUGUCUUAUGACAGAUAUGUGGCCAUCUGUAAUCCUCUCCGUUACUCUUCUAUAAUGACAAGUGCCCAUUGUGAGAUGUUGACCACCAGCUGUGCGUUGCUUGGAUUUUCCAUUAUUUUAAUUUACAUUAUUACAAUAACAAAGCAAAUUUUUUGUGGAUCAAAUGUAAUUGACCAUAUAUUUUGUGAUGUUGUUCCUUUACUAGAACUUUCCUGUUCCGACACCUUUAUUGUUCAUUUGGAAAUCUAUAUACUAAGCAUUCCACUUGUCUUCAUCCCAACCAUCAUCAUUGUAGUGUCUUAUACUUAUAUUGUCCUAGCAAUCCUAAGGAUCCCAUCCAAUACUGGUAGACAGAAAGCCUUCUCCACCUGUAGCUCCCACCUCAUUGUGGUCUCCAUAUUCUACUGGACUAUAUUCAGUGUUUAUGUUGUUCCAGGAAAAGGACAAACUGUGACCAUGAGUAAAAUCCUCUCCCUGCUAUAUACUGUGUUUACUCCAUUGGUCAACCCCAUUAUAUAUAGUCUGAGGAAUAAAAAUAUCACAAAAGCCAUAAAAGAAACACUUCGUAAGUGUGAGAUCUGGUAA